GAAGAGAUAAGGAAACAGCGAAAAGGAGGAUAGAGGAAAAUAGUUACCGCUAAGUAAUUUUAAAGGUUAAAUUGACUUGGAGUAGAUAAAAAGUGAUUGAGGAUCAUGCUGAGGGCUUGUCUUAGAGGAGCUAAUGCCACAGCCCGGAAGAACUUCGGGAGAACCCGUCUAACCAAUCUGCAACACUGUCGGCACUACACAGCAGGAGAGACCAGGGGUACUGCUAAAGUUGUUGCUGCUGGCCUGGUGACAGUAAGCGGCGGCAUUGGAGGUACAAUACUCUAUGCCAAAUGGGACCAUAAAUUCAGAGCAGCCGUUGAGAACAAUGUUCCAUACUCCGAAUGGCUUUUGGGUCUGGCUUUGGGACCUGCUUCUCAAGAUGGCGGCCUCCCCAUGAAGAAACAGAUGGAGUUGGUGCAGCCUCCCUCUAUGAUGGAAAAACAGGUGAAGGCGUCCAAAACCAAAUCAGAGAAUAAGAUGAAAGAGGCAGAAGAGAGUCCAGCCAAUGAAACGGGUCAUGUCCCAAUGCAGCCUGGAAAGAGCAUAGAGGAGGCUUCAGCAGAGGCAACUCAUAUCAUCUCAGCCAUCAGUGAGGUCACAUCAGUCCCUGCUCCAUGUGACACAGAGACAGCAGUUAAAGAUGAGUGUCAAGACUGCCAUGACCUUAAGGAUGCACUUGUGACAACAGUAGUUCACCCUGACGCAGAGUCACCUUCAGCAAUGGAACCACUGAAAGAACGUCCAGUAGAAGAAGUGGCAGCUAGACUGGCUCAACGAGAGCAGGAGGAAAUGGACAUCCUAUCAUCUGUAUCAGCCAGUCUUGAAGACUCACUGGCCAGCUCGGCUAAAGCUACACUGCAGGCCAUCGGAGCUCAGGAGGCAGCCCUGCAGGCUAUCACACAGCACACACACAAACUGAAGGAGGCUAUGGAAGCAGAGGUUCCACCGCAGGAGAAGUCAGCCCAGUGGAAGGAUUUAGAAACUGCUCUUGCUGACAGAACUUGCGCUGUGAAUGAUGCUGCAACUGCUCUGUUGAAAGCCAAUGAAGCCAUGGACAGUCUUAAAUCAGUGAUAGACGCGUCUAAAAGUUUGAAGGUCACUGCUGUUCGCCCACUGGUUUUAGCAGCAGAGGAGAAUCUACAUAAAAUGGUGGUGGACUUAGACAAAGUGGUCACUAAGGUGCACUCUGCAGAGUCAGAAGCUAAGAUUGUCUCCCAGUACAGUGAACUUGUUAAUGAAGCCAAGCAACAGUUCCAGAGGGAAGUGAGCAGCCUUACCCCAGAGAUUCAGGCCAACUGGAAGGGGCUCACUGGUAAACUGUCAGCUGAUGACCUGAACGCCCUGAUUGCCCAUGCACACCGUCGCAUCGACCAGCUGAAUCGAGAGCUGGCUGAGCAGAGAGUCAGAGAACAGAUUCACAUUGAUGCAGCACUGGAGCAACAGAAGCUGGAAGACCAGAUAGCCUUGGAGAAAGCUGUAAACACUGCCAUGCAGCACAUCAAGGAAGAGGCCCGACUGGAGCAGGAGAGGAAGCUGUCUGAAUUUAGGGAAGUGAUGGAGGCAGAGAUGAGGACUCAGCUCCGGCGUCAGGCUGCUGCUCACACGGACCAUGUCCAAGAUGUCCUUAAAGUCCAGGAGCAGGAACUGAGAGCUGAUGCUGAGCAGGUCCUGAACAGUAAGUUGCUGGAACAGGAGACCCGCUACCAUCAGCUGAACCAGGAACAGCUGGAUAACUUCACUCUGGAUAUGAACACUGCCUACGCAAGACUGAAGGGGAUAGAGGAGGCCAUAGACAGCCAUGUGAUAGCAGAGGAGGAGGCCCGGAAAGCUCACCAGCUCUGGCUCUCUGUGGAGGCUCUCAGCUACACUUUAAAAACUGCUGACGCUGAUUUCCCCACCAUGCCUCUAGAAAGCGCUGCUCAGGCUGUGCGAGACAGCUGCAACGAGAAUGACUUUGCCUUGGCACUGUCAUCAGCUCUCCCAGAAGAAUCCCUGCACCGCGGCGUGUACAGCGAGGCCUCUCUCCGGGCCCGCUUUAACUCCCUACGACCGCUGGCACGUCGGGUCGCCCUCAUUGAUGAAUCUCACAACUCCUUGUACCAGUAUUUCUUGUCCUACCUUCAAGCUGCACUGCUGUUUGAGGACAAACAGGAAGCCCCGCCUGCCCAGCUGUGCAGUGAGGACUUGGACCCAUUCAAGCUUCUGUCAUAUGCAAGCUACUGUUUAGAGCAUGGGGAUCUGGAGUUAGCAGCUAAACUAUUAAACCAGUUGAAAGGAGAGGCCAGGAGAGUGGUUGAGGACUGGUUGACUGAAGCCAGACUCACAUUGGAAACCAGGCAGGUAGUCAGUUUGCUGUCCGCUUAUGCAAAUGCUGUGGGUUUAGGAACCACCCAGGUUCCAUAGGCUGCCACUCUCACUCACUUGUAAUCCUUAAAGGAAAAUCAAUGUUGAGUAUCAAGUAGCUACCCACUGUAGGUGUGAAAGGUAGCUCAGUAGAGGCUAUAUCUUAUACCGUUGGGGAGGAAAGCACCUGUACUUAGCUUGGAUUCACAACAGCAAGGGUAGAGUGUUUGAUGCUCAUAUACCCACUUUUCAGUGUUGUAUUCCCUGAAGCGAAGUAAAGUUAAGUGAUAAAUGUUAAGAUGCAACAUAGUAUAUUUGUUUCAAAGCACGAAGUCACUGUGGACAGUUAUUUGUUAAAAAUUUGAUUGAUGCACCCUUUCAGUUUAGUCUUGUCAAUUCAGACCUACAGGCUAGGUAUUUAAUUCUGGCUGAGUUGUGUUUUCUCCCUUCUAUGCAUAAUGAAAAAAUUUAUCCUAACAUUAAUUUAAGAAUUUGUCAUGCUGAAUUUUAUUUUUGUCAAUACGCACGUUACAAUAAAUCAUGAACAAGAA